GGGCAAUCGCAUCAUUAUUCAGCAUCUUUUCGUCUUGCUCUGCCUCCGACUGCUGUUCGCUUUCAUCGUCAAUCCUGUCGCUCUCUGUCCAUUGUCCUUCACUGAGUCUGUUUCUUCAUUCGAAUCCAUUUCUUCAUCAUGUCGUGGUUGUUCGGUUCCUCCAACACUGAGAAGGCUGCUGCCCCUGCUCCUGCCGAGUCGGCGCCCGCGGAAAAGCCCAAGCCAUGCUGCGUUUGCAAGACCGAAAAGACCGCCCGCGAUGACUGCAUGCUCUUCUCCAAGACCGACGACCCCACACAGGAGUGCAAGCCCUUGAUCGAGCAGUACAAGGCCUGCAUGGCUGGCUACGGCUUUAAGGUCUAAGCUGCACCAUACCCGACUGCUGCCGGGACAAGGGCACAACGAGGAUGAUACAUAGAGUUCAGCGCAUGCAAAUAUGGUGUUCGGUUAUGGGUUUAUUCUGGGUUACAUGUAUUGUAUAGGUCAUCGUCCGACGUGGAGCAUCUCCCUUCUUGUGCAAUAAAUGUAUAUUAUCUAUGUCAUUAUGUUCUGGGAAUAUUGUAAGAAGAGAAGGCUUA